UCGGCCACAAACAAAUAAAAAAAAAAAAUCGUCAAUUACUGGCCAGAAAAUAUUUAAAUAAUCAAUUGAUACAUUACUGCGUCCACGAUGAUCGUAAACGUUAUUAACUAUAAAAUUGUCCCCACCCCCAAAAAAAACUCUACGUUAUGGGCAAGGUCUUUGUUUCUACUUCAUGGACGAUGUUGGUGACAUCAGAAAACAGAAAAAAAUAAUAAAUACUGAAGAAAAUAAUGACUAUAAGAAAAUAAAAUAUUCCGUUCCGGGCAGUAUGACAGACACCAGACGAGAACCUGUCUUACGGUGUGAUAUAUUUAUCUCGUUGGAGCUUAUUGCGGCGGAUAGUAGUGGUCACAUUUACUCGAAUUUUGGUAGAUAUCAUCCGGUGUAUAUACAGCGUGACUACCAAGUACCACAUUAUGUUACAGAUCUUAACUUACAAAUGUCUAGUCAAAAACUCGUGGAUAUUCUACAGUGAUAAAACUCGAUAGUACAAUCAAUGGCAAGAUAACGAAAUGUAAUGAAGAGGAUGCACUGUUAGUUGAAGGUUUAUCUAGUUUCAAAUAUGUACCAAUUGUAUCUUGUGACGUGGCAAAAAGGAUUUUUUCAAAUACAAAAGUAUGCAUCGAGAUAAUUGUUGAAGUUUUCUAUUCGAAAACUUAAAAUCGGUUUUCAA